GAGGGGAAGGGUUCGUUAUCAUGUGGUACUGUGGAAGCAGCGGUAGUGUUGAGUGACGAAUUUGGUGCAUUAAUGGGUGAGCGCGUGACGGCGGCGGCGGCGGAGAUGGCGGUGACGGAGCAGCAACUUGCGGAGGCGUUGGAGUCUAUACUCCUCGACACCACCGCUUUCACUUCCCUCAACGGCGUCGUUCAGCAGCUCGAGUCGAAAUUGGGCGUCGAUUUGAGCCACAAACUCGACUUCAUUCGCGGACAAAUCCACCACUUCCUCCUCCGGUCUCAGCCGCAGAGUUUCUUACCACACCAGUUGCAGCAGAACGGCCGUUUCAUCCUCAACCAAAGCCCUAAUUUCCACCCCCAUUUGCCUCACAAUUUCGCCGCUUACAAUCCCGCAGAGGGCUACGGUCUCCGCCCCGCACCUCCGCCGCAAACAUCGCAGCGUCCGCCUCCGCUGCCGGUGGCCACCGCCUCUAGAAUGACUGUUGCUAGAGUGUCGCCCAAAGCGAGAGUUCCGGCAGUAAGAAGAAGAAGAGGUGGCCCUGGGGGCCUGAACAAACUGUGCGGUGUUUCUCCUGAGCUUCAAACCAUUGUUGGCCAGCCGACCUUGCCAAGAACUGAGAUUGUGAAGCAGCUGUGGGCAUACAUAAGGAAGAACAACCUUCAAGAUCCUAACAACAGAAGGAAAAUAAUUUGCAAUGAUGAGCUCCGCUUGGUGCUCGAGACUGAUUGCAUCGACAUGUUCAGGAUGAAUAAGUUGCUAGCAAAACAUAUUUUUGCGCUUGAGCAGACUAAGCAAACAGGUCGAAAUACUAAGAAAUUGAAGGUUGAGGAUGAAGAACCGGAGACCAAAAUUGACGAGCCUGUUCCAAUUGUUGUAGUUUCUGAAGAACUUGGGAGUUUCUUGGGAACUGAUGAGAGGGAAAUGUCACAAGCAGAAGUAUUAAGACAGAUGUGGGAGUACAUAAAAAUUCACCAACUUGAGGAUCCUUCAAAUCCAAUGUCCAUCUUGUGUGAUGUUAAACUGCGAGAACUUCUUGGAUGCGAAAGUGUUUCCGCAUUGAGGAUGCCUGAGAUGUUGGAACAAAGGCAUUUAUUCAAGAAAUCGUGACGGAAGCACUGACUUGCAAGUAAAGGAUCUCCCAGAUUUAGGACUCCGAUGAUCAAAAGUUCUCAACUGAAGAAAAAACUCUCCACGGACUUGCUUUCUCGGCUAAUGGCAAGUUUAUCGAAUGGCCAGCCUUAGUUCUCCCUGGCUGUGUCGGGUGCUGUAAUUUCCAGACAGUAGAAUAGUUAGCUUCUGUAGAUGGGGACGACAACCUCGCCUUCUGGUUUUGAAGAUCGUGUUUCGAUCGAUCCCCCUGUAAAUAUAUCCCCAGAUUAUGCCUGAUUUUAAAUGCUCUCCCUCCUGAUUUACUUACUGAAUUUCAACAUUGUUGCUUGUGACAAGGAUUCUGCAUUUGUUGUGCGUUCU